AUGGGGGAGAAUCAAAAGGAAACGAGUUUCACGUUUGAGAUAGAUAACUUCUGGGAGAAAGGAGCUGCUUUCUCAAGAUGGGGUACUGAUUCAAGGUUCUUGCCUCUUACAAAGCUUAGAGAAGAAGGGCUUCUGGAAAACAAACUGAUUAUUCAAGUCGAAAUAAAUGUAGUUGAAAUUGUUAACCAAGAGGAUGCAACUGACAAGGAGAUGUUAGAUGUUCAUGGUUUCCAACUUCUUUAUUCUCAGGUUACUUCAGCGAGUCGGCUUUUCGAGGAUCACCCGGACAUUGCAGUAAAUUUCAUACCACAGAUCCCAUUGGUGAAGACAGCGUACAUGAGUUCCCUCCUCGGUCUUAUCGAGACACUGAACAAGCCUUCACAUUGCUUCACCGAGACUGAGCUAUACAAUGCUAAGAGGGAGUUGAAUGAGCUAACAAGAGCGGGGUUUAAGCUAGACUGGUUGGACACAAAGCUUUAUGAGCUUUCUUUUGAUGACAAGGAUCAUAAAGCAAUUUCUGAUUGGUAUCCACUGGAGGACUGGAUCAAAUUUUAAUUUGUUGAUGAAUCUUCGAAUGAGUGGAAAGUAAGAGCGGGAUUCCCU